AUUAACGCAGUUAUUUGCCAAACAUCUUAAAAAUUCCCAGCUUCCUUCCAAAUCCCCCGAAAACUUGCCAACCGAGAGAAUACAUCUCGUCGUAACCUAUCACAACACGCUCGACAAUUACGCGGGACCCUACCCCAUCCCGGGAGAAAGAUCUUCGAGAACGAUCCUUUUUCGCACGCGGCACUCGCGACCAAUCGAGAAAGACUCGUAUCGCGGGCCGUGGUGGGGGAUGGCAGCGUGCGCGUGUGCGCCUCGCGGUGGAUCGAGUUCCGUGUCGUUGGGCGUAGCGCGGCUCAGCCAAUGGGAGACGGCGCAGCGCUCGUGCCCACCCGACCGCCCCGGCCACGCCUACCUCUCGCCGAUACGAUACGCGGCUCUCUCUCUCCCCGUGCUCGUAGUGUAGUGUUGGAAUUACGUUUAUUAUACCGCCGAGCGUAUCGAGUCUCGGGCCAUGCUGCGCUCCUCGGGCGUAGCUAUCGCUUGCUUGCGGGUCGCGAAUUAUAUUUGUUUUACGUGCGAUUUUACGCGAUGCUAUUGAGGCCGCGGAUUACUUUCCUGUGACCGAUAACCAGAAGUUAUAUAGGCGAAUUGAAUAAAGGGAAGUGUCUCUGGAUCGUUGUACCUGAGGCAGUCAUGAAGACAGAGGUGGAAGACAUGACGAGCGACAGCGUGUGCGACGGAACCGGGGCGAAUCUCGCCGCGCCGGAGACUACCGGCGGCCUGAUAGGAGCGGAAAUGCCGGCGAACGUGAUGGAGUGUGGCGGAUGCGGAGAGCGCGUCCGCGAGCGCACUGUCCUCUGCGUCGGCGGUCGAACUUGGCACUCUAGGUGCUUAAGGUGCUUCGCGUGUGCCAGGCCGCUACACGAUCAACACUCGUGCUUCUUGAAGGGCAUGAGGCUCUAUUGCAGGCACGAUUAUGCUCUAACAUUCGGUGCUAAAUGCGCGAAAUGUGGUCGAAGCGUGGGCGCGGGGGAUUGGGUGAGAAGGGCCAGGGAAAGGGUGUAUCAUUUGGCGUGUUUCGCCUGUGAUGCCUGUUCCCGUCAACUCUCCACAGGCGAGCAAUUCGCCCUCCUGGACGCCAGAUUGCUUUGUAAGGCUCACUACCUGGACGUCGUCGAAGGCAACAACACUUCUUCCGAUGGCGGUGACUCCGAGAGCGGGCACAAGAGCGGUAACAAGGCGAAGAGGGUGAGAACCACGUUCACGGAAGAGCAACUCUCCGUUCUUCAAGCGAAUUUCCAAUUGGACAGCAACCCGGACGGCCAAGAUCUCGAGAGGAUAGCCCAUGUGACGGGACUCAGCAAAAGAGUUACGCAGGUUUGGUUCCAGAAUUCUAGGGCGAGGCAGAAGAAGCAUCUGCACACGGGAAAAAUGAAAGGGCAACACGUUCAUCAAUCACCACCAAAUUCUAACGCGUCCACUGGCGAUUUCGGCCGACACAUCAAUUUACAUCUGACCUAUUCGUUUCAACAUCAACAGCAACACCAUCACGGCCAACAACCUCCGCAAUUAAGUCCGGCUACGUGCAAAAGUCCCACACCCACGAUUUAUCAUAAUCAUGGCUCGGAACAAUCGAUGGACGAACUCUCGCAAGACUCGAUGAUGUUGUCGAUGCCGAACGAGGUUUAAUCGCCGUUGGACCACCACUCCUCUUUUUGUAAAUAUUUUCUUUAUUUAGUUUAAGAAGAUUUUUCCAAUUUCGUCGAAUCUUUCUCGAUGAAUAC